AUGUAUAUCAACUGGUCUCGUUCUUCCCCUGAUGGAGAAAUGCCUCCGGCACUAGAAAGGUUGGCAGCGCGGUCGAGUAACGAUGACAGUUACUGUUACGGCUUUAGUUGCGGAAACGAAUGGGUGUGGGCCCGAUGGGUCCUUGUCGUGUUCUUUGUGUUCGCGUUGGCCGCUUUGGGCCUAACUGCCAUCAGAAUAAAUGGCAGACGGAUGAAACUUGGGCAGCGGCCCAUUAUCGGCACAGCUUGGUUUACACCCCCUUCGUAUCGGCAGUCCGAAAGACAAUAUCGGGGCUCUACUCAGGAUUAUGUGCCUCCCUACACGGAAACUGCAAAUGAAAAUGACAUGGGAUACUAUGAUAACGAGGGAAACUUCCAUCUGAGCUCCAAAGUCGAAAAUGCGACGCCUCCGCCACCUAUGGAUACGGUAGACGUUGCAGACUACCCGACGGAACCACCCUCGGCCGUCACAAGAGAUGAUAACAUUCAAGAACGGUACUCUGCAGAUUUUAGUGAUGCCUUCCGGCAGUACUAUCGUGGUACAGCCGUUGAGCAAACAAAUGGCCGCAUAGGCCGCACUUCUGAUCGUCCUGGGCAAUCGACGUCGAGAAGUUCCUCUACGGAUAUAGAUCCAACUACCGCGGCUCCAAUUGAACUGCAGAACGUUUCCAAAAGGCCAGAAACUGUUCAGGUUGCCCACGUUUAG